GGGAGAAAGUAAGGGGCUGAGAAGGGAGAGAUUUAACCAGCGAAGCAUGGUCAGGGGUGGAGGGGUACAGGAGCUGUCUGAUAGAUCGUUUUAAUUGUUUUUGUUUUAUAUAAUCUCACAGAUGGUGACUGAGAAAGAGGCUUGUUGAGGGAGGAUACCCGGAGGUGAGCAGGUCAGACACGGUAUCAGGAGAGUGACAGUGAAGUGAUUUCCUGUGUCACCGAUAUAGACAUUAGUCUCAUGUGAGCAGUUGGGGAAGGUGCAAUUGUCAGUUGUUUAGCAGCACUCGUUUGGUGUUUGUAUUGUCCAGGUGAUCUAAGGCCAUGUGAAGAGUCAUUGCGAUCACAUCUGCCGUAGACCUAUUGUGGUGAUGGGCAGAUUGCAGUGGGUCCAGGUCUUUGCCGAGGCAGGAGUUCAUUCUCACUAUGACAAACCCUGCAACAUUUCAUCACCAGAGAUGUGAGAGCCACUGGAUGAUAGUCAUUAAGACAGCUCACACUGCUCUUCAUGUUACUUGUCAUCUGUAAUCAGUAAUUUGGUUGAGAAUGUACAGUAUAGUAAGUUUGCAGCAAGUAAGUUCAAACAAUUCACAAAACAGUAUGAAUAAACACUCCCCUCUGUUUCCUUGUCCCCAAUCAGCCUUUCCCCCUCCUUACUGCCUUCCCUCUCCACCCCGUCUUCCCUCUUACCCCCACAUUGGACAUAAGUUCAGGUGAAAUAUUUCAGAAGAAUCUGAAGGGGAAUUCUUCACUCAGAGUUUGGUGAGAGUGUGGAAUGAGCUGCCAGUGGAAGUGGAGGGUGUGGGUUCGAUUUAGACACUAAAGAGAAAUUUGGGUGAUGACAUGGAUGGGAGGUGUAUAGAGGCUAUGGUGCAGGUAGUUGGAAACAGGCAGUAAAAACAAAAACAGGUCGGCAUUAACUAGAAGGGCCGAAGGGCCUGUUUCAGUGCUGCUGGGCUCUGUGACUCUAAUAAUAUUCUGAUUUUUAAUUUCCACAGUCAGUGCUUUGCUGCUAAUGACUGAACCCAGAAAUUUACAGUGUGGGUGAAGAGGCUGCCCAGUGACUGUCUCUGUGCUCAAAGUCACUGGGACGUCCCAUCCCUGAGCAGAUAUUGUCUUCUCCAUUCGCUUUCACUCAGUCUGUCACUCAACAAGUUCAUCGUUUACAGGAAAUCACAGAACUCACAGAGAAGGGAACCCCGACAGAGGAUUCCCUGCUCUUCCUCAGCCUGGUAAUGGGGAAAGGCUCCCACUCCCCGGGAAUGAUGAGGGGAUCCUCUGUGGAAAUGAGGAACGGGUUGGCAAAGUUCAACAAAAUGCUAAAAGAAGUUCUGGAACUCGGUUAAAAAUGACAAGGAAUCUGUCUACGGGAAAUCAAACACAAUACACCAGUUUUGCUGUCUCUGUCUAGACAUUUAAGAAGUGGAGCAAGGGAUUCACUCAAUCAUCUGACUGACUGUCACGCCGGUCAUUUCACACAGGGGAGAGGCCAUUCAUCUGCUCAGACAGUGGGAAUGGAUUCAGUCGGUCAUCUCAACUGAAGGUACAUCAGCAAGUUCACACUGGGACAAGGCCAUUCAUCUGUUCUGUGGGUGAGAAGGGAUUCAGUCGGUCAUCCCAGCUGCAGACACACCAGUCAGUUCACAUUGGGCAAAGGCUGGUCAUCUGCUGAAUUUGUGGGGAAGGAUUCACUCAGUCAUUUGACCUAAUGGCUCACCAGCGAGUUCACACUGGGGAGAGGCCAUUUACCUGCUCAGACUGUGGGAAGGGAUUUACUUGCUCAUCUAAACUGAAGGAACAUCAGCGAGUUCACACUGGAGAGAGGCCAUUCACCUGCUCAGACUGCGGGAAGGGAUUCACUCAGUCAUCCACCCUAUUGGCACACCAGUCAGUUCACACUGGGGAGAGGCCGUUCACCUGCUCAGACUGUGGGAAGGGAUUCAGUCGGUCAUCCUCCCUAUUGGCACACCAGUCAGUUCACACUGGAGUAUGGCCAUUCACCUGCUCAGACUGUGGGAAGGGAUUCAGUCGGUCAUGUGAUCUGCUGGCACACCAGCGAGUUCACACUGGGGAGAGGCCAUUCACCUGCCGUGAAUGCGAGAAGGGAUUCGCUCGGUCAUCUGAUCUACUGAUACACCAGCGAGUUCACACUGGGGUGAGGCCGUUCACCUGCUGUGAAUGUGGGAAGGGAUUUACUCGGUCAUCUGAUCUGCUGGCACACCAGUCAGUUCACACUGGGGAGAGACCGUUCACCUGCUCAGUCUGUGGGAAGGGAUUCCAUCGAUCAUCCGACCUUCAUAGACACCAGCGAUUUCACACUGGGGAGAAGCCAUUCACCUGCUCAGAUUGUGGGAAAGGAUUCACUCUAUUAUCUCACCUACAGAGACACCAGUCAGUUCACGCUGGGGAGAGGCUGUUCACCUGCUCAGUCUGUGGGAAGACAUUUACUCAGUCAUCUGACCUACAGAGUCACCAAGGGGUUCAUACUGGGGAGAGGCUGUUCACCUGCUCAGACUGUGGGAAGGGAUUCACUCGGUCAUCUCAUCUACUGAGACACCAGCGAGUUCACACUGGGGAGAGGCCGUUCACCUGCUCAGACAUUGGGAAAAGAUUCUCUCAGCAAUCUCCACCAAAUGUGCAUCAUUGAGUUCACACUGGGGAGAGGCUGUUCACCUGUUGUGAAUGUGGGAAGCUGCAUGCUGGAUAUUUGUCCAUCACCGUGCUGAAUGCAAUUUCGAGAGUGACUGUCGUUGCUGAACUCUGCAAUUAUUGCUGCUGCUCACCACACCCAGUUCUGCACCCUGGUCACUGGGCAUGGGAGGAGUUUCUUCUGCUGUAUAUGCUUUAAUGGGACUGGUGUUUAAUAUUCUGGAUCUGAGACAAAUAAAUCAGUUCUAUUUUAAAUUCU